AUGUCGGACUCGAAGCAAAUCAUUUUUAAUAAGUCGGUUCAGCUGAACGGCUCACCAGAGAGCAUAAAGUUCUUCACCAACGAAGACUGGAAAUCCGCAGGAAGCCGAGAACAACCUCAUGAUCCAACCCUUUUCAUCCAGGGAGAGAAGUCAACCACUUUUAUUAUGGGACAAGAGGGAUAUCUGUAUAACCUCUCUAACAACCUAUCAUAUGAAAGACUGAGACCAGAGCCCAAGUCCACACCACGAAGCGGAAACAGAUAG